AGUUCCGGGGAAAUAUGAAGACGAAGGGACGGUAAUAUUCUUCGUUUGGAUUCCAUUAGACGCGGUAUAGCAUCGUAUUGAAGUUUAACGGAAAAUAUGUUUUCAAGAAAGUUAUGUUAUAAUCUCAUCACUAUUACGACAAUCAUUAAUUAUAUGCCAAUAAUGGUCAACUGUGACUCUGCAUUUUUGACGAAACAAACCAACUUGUCAGAAAAUGAAAGGAAAAAUGGAACAGCAGACGAGAAUAUCCGAGCGUAUGUGAGCGAAUAUAAAACUGUUUUACUGAAUGUUUCUGACAGGUUUGCAUCGUCAGUUAGACAGGAACAUUCAUAUGCUGACAAAAUAGUACAUUUUAAUGCAUACGGGAAAGACUUCACUCUGGUUUUACAACUCGACAGAAGCCUCCUUUCACCUGAUUUAAAUGUAACAAUGGGAAAGUCAACUUGGUCCGGCAGCCAGCUCUCAACUAUGGAUCUGUCUUCGGUAUUUUCAGGGUCUGUGUUGGGAGAAAAGAGUUCGUUUGUAUAUGGGAAAAUUGACAGAGGGACAUUUGACGGCAUUAUACAGACUAAAGACGGCAUAUUCUAUUUGGAACCAUUGUCAAAAUACAGCCCAGACGGAAUGGAUGAUUCUAGAGUUUCUAUAGUUUAUAGAAAAGUUGAUUUAAUGGAUAAAAAAUCUCCUGAUAAUUUUAAACAAAAAGAACAUUGCCGUGCAGCUAAUAGUUCAGACAUUCAACAGCCGAUGUUUUUGACCAAUGUUCGGAAUAAGCAUUCAAGAGCAAAACGAGCAGCGAUAUUCUCAUAUUCUUGUACGCUUCAUAUCGUAGUGGAUCACACUUUCUUCAGCAGGAUAGGCCAGUCGUCGCGUUCGCAAACUAUAGCUGAAAUAUUGUACCUAGUGGGAAGUGCAGAUCACAUUUUUAGAAGCACAGACUUCGACGGAGACGGUAAGGGAGACAACGUUGGAUUUAUUGUUGCAGCGAUCACGAUACACACGAAUGAAACAGCGGAUGAUUACAAAAUGUCUGACAGCACUGACGUUUAUGCCUAUCUAAACCAGUUUUCUAAGUACAACUUCAACGAUUACUGCCUCGGCAUUGCCUUCACGUCCCGCGACUUUGAAGACGGAGUCGUAGGACUUGCAUGGGUUGGGAAUUCAGACGUCUAUGGACCCCCAGGAGGAAUAUGUCAGACGCGGUUAAGUUUGUCGGGAGAAUUAUUCAACCUUAACACAGCUUUAGUAUCACUUUUUAAUUACGGCAGCAGAAUUCCAAGCUAUCGAGCGGCGCUGACGGUUGCACACGAGUUUGGACAUAGCUUUGGAAGUGCUCAUGACGAUGUUACAGACGUGUCUUGUUCUCCAGGUAACGAGAUUGGGAACUUUAUAAUGUUCCCUUAUGCAGCAGAUGGAUCAAAACCAAACAACAAUAUGUUUUCGAGCUGUAGUUUGAGUCAGAUUUAUCCUGUCAUUGUUAACAAGGGUGAAUGCCUUCGUCGGGAGAUAGGAUCAGUUUGUGGAAACGGCAUUGUGGAGGUAGGCGAGGAGUGCGACUGUGGCAGCUCUAGAUUAUGUGAAUUCUACGAUGAUAUGUGUUGUGUGCCAUCCGAUGUUACGCAUGAAGUUGAUAGACCAUGUAAUUUCCGGAGACAGCAAGGAAAGGUGUGUUCUUGGACACUAUCUCCCUGCUGCAGCAAGAAUUGUACCUAUAUCCCAGCGACUGAUAACCAUGAAUGUGCGGAGGCAACUAGGUGUAAACAAGAAUCGGUAUGCGAUGGAACUAGUGGAGAAUGUCCGGAUGGUUCGUUUUCAUUGGACGGAAUACCAUGUGAUGGCGGAAAGAAAGUGUGUGAGAAAGGAUUAUGCACUAAAAGUAUUUGCGAAUCACAGGGUAUGGAUACCUGCCAGUGCACAGGAACAGAGGAAAACAUGUGUAUGUUGUGUUGUUCUGAUAAUGCCACGAAAUGCCAACCUGCCAAAAACUUUGAAAUUAUUGGUGUAUCCGAUGAGAUCCUUUAUCGGGACGCCGGUGAAUCAUGUUACAACAACGCCGGGAUUUGUGACAAAAAACACCAAUGUAUUCGAAAUUACCCUAACGAUGUUAUCAAACGUCUUGGUAAAAUAUUUAAUGAUGAUAACUUAGAAGAUAUGAAAACUUGGUUGAAGAAAUACUGGUAUUACAUCGUGAUUGCUCUGAUUGGGAUCGCGAUAUUGAUCUUUAUAUCUAUUCUAACUAAGAAAAAACUCGACAAUACCCACAUUGACGCUUAUCGGAUGGGUAGAUUAAUGCGAGUCACUGAACAAGCUAACCUGGAGAAAGAGCGACAAAAACGACAAUUUAAAGAGUUUGAGGAAAAAUACAACGAAAAAAUACAGAAUGCGAGGGAAGGUGCGAUUCAACGAGAAUUUACCGAGGCAGUGUCGAGACUAGUGAACUUGUUUCCAACAGCGAAAACAGAAACCAUUGCAGAAGUGUGUCGGAAGUCUACUUCGGAAGAUGUGGCGGUGAGAAUACUCCUCGUGAAGGGUUAUCCAAUCCGACGGAUAGUUACAUCUUGAAAUUAAUAAUGGCCAUAAUAUAUACUCCAUUUAGAAGUCUCAAAAUAUGCUUUGUUUUUGCUACACUUCAAUGAACAUGAGUUCUAUAAGCAUGCACUUCAUCCCUGUUCAAGGUGACAUUUUGUGAUUUGCGGAUCAGUGAGUUGUGGAAACAUGUUAGACUAACAACAUCUGUUAUAUCAUUGUAAGAAUACUAAUUAAAUAAGUACAG